GCAAAAGCUAGAUGGCAGUAAUGGUGGAUGGUGUUAAACAACAGUCAAUGUGUCAGUUCUCUGCCAACAGUGUCGCUACUGACCUUAGUAACAUCGCUUCACAAUACUUUCGUCUCGCGUCUGACAACACUGUACGAGAUCAUCAAGCCAGAGCUCAUUGUUUCAGUGCUUUCAAAUAAGACGAUAUCCAGACAUCACCAUGAACCUCUGCACUGAUCCUACACUGGAUGUUACCACAGCCAUCCCUGGUGUCUGGGGUAAUGGACGCAACUCCCACAAGCCCAGUGAAUUUGAAGUCAUGUCGCCACCAGGUUACAACUCUCAAAAUUUGCCAAACAGACGAAAUAAGAGUCUCAUAGUCGCUCUGUACAGUGGAAAACAGUGUUCUUCUUGUGAGCGGCGAUUUAAGCCUGAACAAGUACUUCAGUAUUCGCAACACUUGGAUUGGCAUUUCCGAUACAACAAACGUCAGAGAAAGUCGACCAGCGAACCAUAUUCUCGCAUGUUCUACUUAUCAACUGAAGACUGGUUGAUGUUUGAAGAAAUUGAUGAUGGUGAUAACAAAGUACCAAUUGUGUUUGAACUGGAGGACCUGAAUGCAACCAUACCAGAAGAGGAAGCUGAGAAACCAAGUGUAGCUGUGUCUCCAGACUCGACUUCAGGAGUGUGUCCCGUCUGCCAGGAAGCUUUUUCCCAGUUCUUCCAUCAGGAAGCUGAAGAAUGGCGAUAUGAAAAUGUUAAACGUGUUGACGGUGCCAACUUUCACCCGGACUGUUACCAAGAUAUGCUUGUGAGAACAAUCUCUUUAAUUCCUCCAGAAACGAGAGAGAAACUGGAAGAUUUACAGGUUAACUGGGCGCAGCGGACUGCAGAGUGAAGCAAUCGUUCAGUGGUGGUGUAUCACUAGAUUCUCCAGUUCUGUAUCGCGGGGUUAUACGUCGAGCUUCUGCUCACGUAUGUAAGCUGCUCUCGUUGAUAUGAGAUUAUUAAGAAAAAAAUUAAGAUGAUGAUGCCUUUAUCUUCUCAUAAUAUCUUCAACUGAAAAGUCAGUUAAAUUAAGAUGUUUUUAACUCUGUACAAUAUGAGUGUAUGUAUCUAA